UACGUGUGCUGCACGAGACCAAGUUUCCUGCGCGGAGGGAAGCUGCGGCCGCGGCUCGGGGCUGAGGUGAACACGGAGUCCGGGAACAUGAGGAAACCCUGAAGCAGGCAUGGGGACUUUUCCCAGCAGGCCGGUUGGUGGCAAGGAGGGGGCGGAGAUAGAACACAGCGGGAGUGACUGUCAGCCAAUCAUAGAGCAGGAUGAGAGCAAGAGGCGUGGCUCCAGCAGGAGACACGAUUCAGCGGAAACACUGGACUGUCCGACCUGCCAGGGCACUGGACGUAUACCCAGAGGGCAAGAGAGCAAGCUGGUGGCCGUGAUCCCCUGUAAUGACCAGAGGCUGAAACCACGACACACGAAGUUGUAUGUUGCCGUGUCGGUUGCUGUCUGCCUAUUGGUCAGCUCCUUGGUUCUCUUCUUCCUGUUUCCCCGGUCUGUCAUCCUGUCGCCAGUGGCCGUCCAGUCUGUCUUUGUUUAUUUCACUGAAGACACUGUCCAAAUGAAUGUUACGAACGUCCUGAACAUCACCAAUCACAACUUUGCUGAGGUGCAGGCCUACAACCUGACAGUCCAGGCUUUGAACUACAACACGGUGGUGGGAACCGUUUCUGUGCAGAAUGUCACCACCGUCGAGGCUCUAUCCAACAAGAUGUACUCCUUUGUGAUCCCUAUCAAGCUAACAGACUCAGGAUUAAAUAAAUACUGCAAGUCAAAGUCCAUCCCGAUCCACACUCUGUUUCUGCACCUCGAAAUGUCCAUGACGGUUUACUACCUGGCCCACUAUGAGCAACUGUCGCUUGAUACAUACGAGUUCAUCGACUGCGGGUCAAACACCACCACACCGCACAGUGUCCACCUCUCCCCUCCCUGAUGGAUGGUGGGAUCAUUCGAUGGACAGACAGAUGGAUGGACGGAUGGAUGCAGUGGACUUGACAGUCAGAAUAGUGGGCUGUGCAAUGCAUUUUUUAUAAACUUUAUCCCUUAAAAACCCUAAAAUUGAUGUUACAUGCUUGAUGUUACAAUGCACAAUUCCAUUCCCUGUCAUCCUAGAUGGAUGGAUGGAUGUCUGAGUGACUGAAAGAGGGAUGGACACACCUUCCUACUCCAGUUUGUCUGACAAUGCACAGGAAUGCACAGAAAAGACUUUGAAAUGGGUGGAUGGAUUUUCAGACAAACUCGGAGAAAGGAAAAAUCUGGAAGGAACAGAGAAACAGAUGGAGUGGAGUAGGAUGGCCGGGUAGACAUGCACUGUUGUCAUAUAUAAUCUGUCUUAUUCUGAUGUGACAACACAAACUAAGGCUCCACAAAUGGAUCAAAAUGUAAAUGUGCACUAUUGCAGCUUUUUCUUCAGAAGAAGAAUCAACCUUUAAAACAAGCUGAUUUGUGGUCUAACUAAUCAUGUUGCACCUCAAAAGAAAAUCUUGCCUGCACUGCUGCUGAGCCCCUGUGGAAAUACAGCAGCAAAGUGAUCUGUAGUGACGUCCACAGCUGCUGCCCGUAACGCUGUGUUAACUGGGACCAAAAUAUCUUUGUAGUAUUAAGUUGUUUUAAAUUAAAUAGUGCCCUUCCCUAAGUUAUCACUUGUAUUGCAGCACUCACAUCAAAACUGAGCCAAAAUGAGAACUUUUUUGUGUCCAAUUAUCCAGCAGUAAUAUUACAAAGACAAACAGGCAAAUGAGUGAGUUCCCCGUGUUUAUUACAGCUAAUCUCUAUCAAGUUGGUUUGUUACCAACAACAGCUCCAUUGUGUGCUUGCUCUCAUGAGUUGUUUUCUUAAUUAUCAGACACGUAAAUUUCCAUGACACCAACUACCAAACCCAGAAGCCUUGCCAACUCCAAACCAGUCACACAGUCAGAAGAGCUCGUAACGCUCUCCUGCACAUUUCACUGGCACACUUCCUGCAGCACUGAUAUAACCUGCCAGCUAGUAUCCUAACACCCUGCACUACAGUAUCAGUCUGGUCUAUCGUUGUUCUAAGCACUUAGUAUAGCUUACCAUCCAGCACAAAGCCUUUUAUCAUGCAGAGUCAAAAACCUUGCUAUACUUGCUGUGGUGUAAAGGACUGUGGAAACUAGUGUCCUUUACUGAGCUAAGCCUGUUGCAUGUUAUACUAAUGAUUUUUUUCCCUUUGUCUUAAAUUUCACAAUGCACAUGCCAUGUGAGUAUCGAUUAGCCAUGCACUGUUAAAUUGGAAUUGUGGAGAUGGACAACCACAACACUUCGGGAACUCUGAUGAUGUCAGGAUUACCAGGUGAUAACACCACUCUAUAAAACAGAAAGGCAAAAACAACAACAACAAUAAUAAUUCAAUUCGAUUCAAUUCAAUUAAACAAAAGCUUUUUAAAGAAAGGUUACUGGAGGCCAGAGUUGCUGGUGAGCAGGCAGGGCAGGUUAUGUGAUAGAUUAUGGCUACUAAUGGUUGUGGUUUGAUCUGUCAAGCAGGGAAAACAGGAAUCUGUAAGUUACUCUUUCUCUACACAACUCCCAGAGGGGAUGAAUGCCAUCUUUUUUUUUUUUUUUUCUUUUACCUGUAUUUGGUGAAAGGCCCCCCCAGUUUCAGUUCUUCUUUGAGCAGCAGAUUAUUGUAUCUUGUUACUGCCAUCCCAUAGCAAAGUAACAGGUGCAGAUUUGGGGGAAACCAUGUUGCAACCUGACCCCUUUAUUUAGAGUGGCUCUACCCAGUGAAACCUGACCGCAUCUGUGGGAGAACCGUCCAAUGAAAACCAUGAGCUGGGUUUGCGUCAUCACUGGAAUGUUGCAUGUGGGUUUGGCAGCAGUGGAACUUUCAUUUGCACUCUAUAGCCAACUCAUUUGCACCCUGCAAAUCAUGCACCUUGUGUGCAUGAAAGUUGCACUAUUAAAAAGUGCAACACUGUUUAACACAUCAGCAUAUUAACUCAGAAUCUAUUUUAGUUGGCUAGUCUGGUGUCAUGUUGAGUUGCCUGCAGAAUGUGAAUGACCAGAUGCGAUCUAGUGGAAUCACCAAAAUAAUCAUUUAUUUGAUGAUUCCUGAUGGGGUUUGAUUUUCUUUUUUUUUUCAAAGUGCAUCUGUGUUUCAAAUUUGUUACCACACUGAUACCAGUUUUUCACUGCAAACACUCAAAAAAAAAUUUUUUUAGAGUACUGAUCAAAUCCAGGCUUUCACUAAAAGCUUAGAUUCUCCUGUCCUGAGUUCUGACAUCCCUCUCUGUGAAAAAUUAAAAACACUAAGUUUCUGUGCUUUGACUUGUGACAUGUUGUAUGUGGCUCCAGGUGUCAGAUGAUAGCUCUGUUUUUAGCUUGAUACCAGUCAGAUGUCUUAACACUGGUAUCGGUGCAUUACCAAGUACUUUAGCUUUUGCUUUGAAAUUGAUAAAACAAGCUUUUUUGUCAUUUGGUUCACAUUCAUGCCUGGUGUUUCUGUGUGAGGGACAAAACUUGAUGGUCAAAGACUCGUCAUACUUGAUUUCACUGUGUUCCUCUUUUGUUUUGACUAGAGACUUGAAUGUAUUGUCUUGUAAUAUGAUUUUUUUUACUGAAUCCUGCAGUUGGUAAGUUCCUCUGUUCUCUACCAUUCAAACAGUGAGAUUUUGUUGCAGUAAGGCAGCCGAUGCUGAAUAAGAAAGACCAGGCAGGAGCAGUAAAAAUGUCAAAACUAAGCUGUUGAAGAUUUAUCUUGCUGUACCGUAACUUAACCAGUAGGUGGCACCAGUGUGCUUCAUGUCUGUCUUGCAUCCAAAUGCAGCCGUAGGAGCUGGCUGUAAUGCUUCAGAAAUAUCCACUGACUUUCUCUCACCUGCACACUGAAUCUCUGUGAAUCUAAUCAAAUACAAAAACAUUUCUCUCUGUCA